UGUGAACUAAAGAACAAUAAGAGUUAGCCAUGCCACGUAAGUGACAACAAGUCAGAAAGGUAGUGACAAUGAUUCGUUGCUUUCUUCAACCUGCCAAUGGGGUUAAUUUUUAAACAACCGAAACUGCACGUAGGUCCGAGUGGGAAUGCAAAGAUAAAUAUCUAUUCGCCCUUCUAAAACUGAUUGCGAUUGGUUGAACCGUCGCUCCUACCGCCUGGCGAACCUAGAGACUGAAAUAAAAGCGAAAAUUGCUCUAGAUAUUUGGCGCAACACCAUGGAUAACUCGGGCGGCAAUAUCGUUAACUCCGACGGCGCUAGAAUCCACGACAAUUCUCAAACACAUUCUGCCAAUCGAUCCUAUAACAACCCUUCCACACCUAGUUCCACCCCUACUAAAAAACGGGAGCGUAGCCCGGUCUCACGAAGAUGGGUUUUCGGAUGUUGCUGCUUCCCUAAGCGGGUGCGCCAAGAUAGUGCGCCGAUCCGGGACAGUGUAAGGUACCCGUCUAACGCAAGCUUCGAGGAUACCAUCGUAAAAGGCACAGCGUGGACGAGUAGGCGAUACCCGAUCAAGCCACGACUCGUGGACCUUCGGCGCAAGAUACAUAGCGUGAGGCGGAGCGUGUCGCACCACAACCUUAAGACGGGACUGCCGUCUGCAACAGCAUCGUCGUCGAGGGGCAUUUUUGAAGAACACCCAUUGGAGCAGUUGCGAACACAAUCAAUGAGUCGACAGACUACAACUGAGGCCGAUCGCGAGGCUUUGAGUGACACUUCAUCCUCAUUAUUAGACCGAUUUCCUUCGCCGCCGGAACCUCAGGGGCCAUUCUGCGAUAAGAUACCCGACAAACACUUUAGUGGGGCCACCAAAAGAUUAAAGGGCGGUGACCCCGAGGAGAAGUACACAUGAGUGUUGCGUUGCUGCCUGCUUAGGGAUUUCCUUGGGUUUGUCGGUUGGAGCUCCGAAGGAAUAAAGACUGGAAGGGGUGUUGUCGUUAGGGGUGUUAUAGUAGUGCAAGCUGUGUAUAUGUGUGCGAGCACCAUUGUACAUUCUAGCAUAAUUCCAUAGAUAUUGCAAUCCUCUG